AUGGUCUUUCUAAUCAACAAACGUGGUUUCUUUUGUAUAUCCAAGAAUUUCUCUCGUUCUGGCUCCUAUUUGGCAAAUUGGUGGGCAUUGGUUUUCUACAUGCACACUUUUGCUCAAUCGCUGAGUCUUCUUGGAGUGCAUUGUCUCUUUCGAUACUCAAUGAUCACAGGUCAAUUCCAAUUCCUUUUCAAGCGUUGGUGGGGGAUCUUGCUGCUUUUCGUUAUUCAUUUCACGGUAGCCGGUCUCUACGCUUGUUUUGGCAUCUUUGGACUUGGCCCAACGGAUUUUCGGCGCUUUCACUGGACAGAGGACAUGAAAAACUAUAUGGGAAUAACGAUCGAUGACCGACUUUACUAUUUCGCUUCCGUGUUCAAGUACCUCGACGAGAACGGUCAAGUGCAUUAUGGAUGGGAUAUCCUAGGUGGAUCGGGUUGUUUCCUCGUUUGCGGGAUUUUCUAUACAAUCGUGUGUUGGACGGGUAUCAAACUAUACUCUUUUGUGAAGAAAUCCGUGAUGCCAGCCACAAAGAAACGAAUCCAAUUACAGCUGCUAAAUGUACUGCUGGCUCAGGCAAUCUCUCCUCUCGUUUGCGAAUGUUUGCCAGUUGGAGCGGUGGUUUAUGGAGGGAUUCUUGGCAUCGUUCAACCCUACCAAGGCAUCUAUGUGACAACUUUUGUCUCUGGAUACUCAGCCGUUGAUGCGUUGUUGACACUAAUCCUGUUUAGAGCCUACCGUAGACGUGCACUAACCAUCUUCUUGGCGCCAUUUAACGGUUGUAAAACAGUUGGACAAGUCUACAGUCUAACAAAAACAUCAAAAGGAUUAAAUAGCUCACAAACAACAAGUGAAAAUCCGGCACAAACGAUCAAACAACAAGAA